AUGAACGUCAAUCCCAUGUUUCAAAACUCGGCUCACCGCGAUGUGCUGGGAGCUCCCAUUCCCGACACGGAAUCCUCGCAACGAGGUUUGUUGGAAGAAUUGAAGAAUCGCGGUCGCUCGGCAGUGGGUGGCAAGGCAUGGCCCGAUGCACAACUGCUGUACGAAAAGGCGAUCCAAGUCGUGGACGCCCUUGACUCUUCUGCCACUCCCAACGAACGUGCCAUUUUGCAUUCCAACUUGUCGUUGGUCUUGGCCAAAAUGGGAAAAUUCAAAGAGGCCAAGACGUCGGCUCAACAAGCGACAGAAGUGGAUCGUACGUACGUAAAAGGAUGGUGGCGAUUGGGACAAGCCAUGUCGAGUUUGAAAGACUUUGAAGGAGCCGUAGAAGCGAUGGAAAAGGCAAUGCUCUUGGACCCCAACAACAAGGCACUCACCAAAGAACUCAACAAACUACGAGAAGAAGCUGCCAAUGCGGCAAACAAAAUGGAAGAAGAUGAAAAAGAAAAUGGGCCAAAGACAGAACCAGCUCCUCCUCGAUCCGAAAUUUACAAACCCAAGCCAAACACCGCAAAACCAAAUACAACUGCAACUGCAACAACUGCCACUACUAGCAAGCCAACUGGUAGUACUAGUAGUACAACGACACCAAUGGCUGUGGACGAAGACGACAAGAAUCUCUUUUCCAAAUCCGAUCAAGUGCGAGGAUACAAAAUUGUCAAUGGCAAAAAGACAUCCUACUUUCACAAUGAACUCUCGGAAGAAGCCAAACAGUUGAUUGGGGAUAUUGCUCCCAAAAAAAUCGAUCCAGCAUCGGCAGCGCCCGCUCCGGCUGCCACGGGAGACAAGUCCUCGUGGAAUCAUGCAGGAACGUGGGAAGAACGAGAUGUUACGGGAUGGGCCAAGGAAUCCCUGCAACAAUUUCUACUCAAGGCCACGUACACCUUUCCAGCGUCGUCUCCGGCACCGGGUGCAAUUGCGCGGAUUGAAAGCGUCAAGAAAAUUGACGGACAUGCCAGUUUUGCCACGGUACGAUCCAAGAAAAAGUACAUUUACGAAUUUGCCGUCACGGGAGUGGAAUGGACUCUGGAUUUGCCCGAUGGGAAUAUCGAUGCUGUCAAGGGCAAGCUCAACUUUCCCGAUAUUGAUGGAACCUGUGAGCUAGGGGAAGGAUACGAUGUCACCAAUUUUGAAAUCACCGCCAUUGAAGAACAAUCGCUACGACCCGUUGUCGAUCGCUUUGUGCACCGUAGUGGCCUGCGAGAUGCUUUGCAUCAGGCGAUUGAUGACUGGGUACGACACUUCCGAGAAAAGUAUUGA